AGGUAGCCAUAUUGUAACGGGGAGAAUAGUGAGGUAGAGAGACACAAAUCAGAGAAAGUUUGAGCGAUAUUCGCAGCGUUGAACCCCACAGACUGGAAGGGGCGUUGGGGUUUUUUCCGUCUGACAAGACUGCCGAGCUCACGAAGACACAAUGAGCGGAGGGACGCCCUAUCUGGGCAGCAAAAUCAGCCUCGUUUCGAAGGCCGAGAUUCGCUACGAAGGGAUUCUCUACACUAUUGAUACUGAGAACUCCACCGUCGCACUAGCGAGAGUUCGCUCCUUUGGCACCGAGGAUCGCCCCACUGAUAGGCCCAUCCCGCCAAGAGAUGAGAUCUUCGAGUAUAUCAUUUUCCGGGGCAGUGACAUCAAGGAUCUGACUGUGUGUGAGCCACCCAAGCCAACAUGCUCUCUUCCCCAGGACCCUGCCAUUGUCCAGUCCUCCAUAGGCUCUGCUCCGACACCUGCUGCCACCACUGCCUCUGCCCCAUUCCAGUCCACUGGCUCCUAUGGUCUCUUCAACAGGGCCCCAGUACCCCCCUACAACCAGUUCAGCAACAGUCCCUUGGUUUCCCCACAGUUUGGAGCUGUUGGUGUGGGUCGCAGUAGCCCUAGCAUGGACCCCCUGCGGAAAAGCCCCACCCAUGAGCAGGCAAUACAAGCCACUCCAUCUGCCCCAACCUCCGCCCCCACCGCUCCAGCCCCUGGCCUGGGUCGCAGGAGUCCCACUCAUGGCCGCACAGCUCCCUCCACCACUGGCCACGGAAACCAGAAAGCUCAGCACCAGGACAGCCUGGAUGCAAGGAGGGGUGAGACUGUCAGGGGAGUCCGCAGUAGCCAGGGCUGGCCUGUACCCCGCUCAACCUCUGCCUCUCACGCAACUGCUGUAGAUAGGGCUACCACUGCAGGGCUUAUCCACUCUAUCUUUAGCUCCCAAGUUGCAGGAGCUCCAACUAACCGCCGUGGGCGAGGGGGUGGACAUCGUGGCCGAGGGCGCUUCAACGUGCGCCGGGAUGGGCCCAUGAAGUUUGAGAAGGACUUUGACUUUGAGAGUGCCAACGCCCAGUUCAACAAGGAAGAGAUUGACAGAGAGUUCCAGAUAAAAUUGAAGCUGAAAGAUGAGAAAAGUGACAAGUCGAAGACAGUGAAUGGCGAGGACAAGGGUGACUCUGGCGUGGAAACUCAGAACAGUGAGGGCAAUGCCGAUGAGGAGGGAGACCCACUUGGCCCCAACUGUUACUAUGACAAGUCCAAGUCCUUCUUUGACAACAUCUCCUGCGAUGACACUAGGAAAGCAAAUGAGAAGUCUGGAUUGACAGGGUUCCCAAGGGAGCGGAGGCAAACCUGGGCUGAGGAGAGGCGGAUGAAUGCUGAGACGUUUGGCAUCCCCCUGCGUCAGAACCGGGGUCGAGGCGGUUUCCGUGGCCGUGGCGGCAUGGGCUUCCGCGGGGGCAGGGGUCGCUCGGCCAGCCGAGGGUCCUUCGGCCCACCCCACGGAGGAGGCGGCUUCAGGGGAGGAUACAGAGGGAGCCAGGGAGGUCGGGAGUUUGCAGACCUACCAGAGUACAGGAAGGACAACAAAGUGGCUGCAUAGUCCAAACAGCUGGGAGGAUCCAUGAGAAAGAUGUAACUCCGCACACUAAAUACGAAAUGAAAAUAUAGAAAAAAAAUUUCUGUUGCUACUUUUUUUGACUAAAAGAAUGAAGAUUGUGUACUAGCUGUAUAUUUGUCACCAGCACUGGGGUAGACUGCUUGAACGCAACAUACUUUUCAUAUCUAUCUUCGAUGGAAAAGACAACGCAGUCUGGCGGCGGCGGCAGCGGGAGGGGGGGCAGGGGGAUCAAGAUCUCUAUAAAAAUUAUUUCCAGGUGGCUGAGAAAAUAUGUACAAAUGUCAGAUUUCAGAGGGAUGUUAGUAUUUUUGCUUUUCAAUGAUGAAAGUCUUUUCCUCACCCCUUUCCUGAACCUGUAUUUGAUAAUAUUUUGUUAGCUGUUGAAGGUCAUAUACAUGAGUCCUUUGACUGUGAUGCUCACUGACAUAGCUUUAUUUGGGGGCUGGGGGGGGGGGUAAAUGUUACUUCAGCACCAAAAUAACCUGCAGGGUCUCAGUCACAGCUUUCUACCGCGUGUUUUUCUAAGACUACUACACAUACUUUAUCCUGUAUUUAGUCACCCGCCAGCUUUCAUAUUUAUUCCACCUCCCGAACGGCAGUGCUUGUGAUUUCAUUUUCUCCAGUAAGCCUUCUGAAGUAUAGUCCUUGUGUUCAGUUUUCACCUUUAGUGCAAGUCUGCUUUUUUAUUUGAUUUUUCUUAUGUUAAUGUCCAUUUUGGAUUCUUACGUUAAGUGUAGGGAGGUGCUAGCCAACAUGUGUACUUUACUGGUUUAUGUGGUAGAUCUAUUCCCAGUUCACAUCUAACCAGGCUUAGGGCAGGACAGGUUGCAGAUAGGUCAAAAUUCAGCUGUUUUUAUUUAUACUUUUUUUUUUCUUCCUUUGAUUUACUUUAGAGGGCCAUUGGUACAGGUGGGACUAGCGUUUGAGAUGCUGCUUGGCUACAUUUAUGCCCGUCAUCAGUCAGUCAGACUUUGUUGUGUCAUUUACGGAAGCAGGGACAGUAUCCACCAAAGGCAAACCAGGCUAUCAUCUAUAUGUGCUUCACAGAAAAUGGGCCAGUUAAGGGUUUAAUUGCACUUUCGAUUGUGACAUGGCUAAAAAGCCCUUGAAAAUACCGCUCAUACGUACGUGUGUUCUGUAUUUUCUUUGACAGGCGCUUUUUCAUGGCUAACAGUAUUUUUUUUUUCUUUGAUCUUUACAAUUUUUUGAAUUCAGAUGCUGUUAAAUGUCACAGGAAACAAUGCGAACCAUUGGCUUGCCAUGUCUCAACUUAAUCCACCUAACGCCGCAUAUAUUUUGGGGAAAACUCGAUGCCAAUAACUUUGUCCCAUGGCACUGCAUGGUGGUUGAUAGCUAAAGCUACGUAAGUGAUGUCAACAUAACUAUAACAAAUAUGCAUAGCUGUCUGGGUGUAGCAACUUAGUUUCCUAUUGAUCCAAUAUAAUAUACAGCAAUAUGGAUUCUUAUUUUUGAGGUUAAGGAACUGGCCCGGGUGGGAUAAGAUCGAUAGGUUUGAUAGACUGUGCCAGUUGGCCUGGCAUGAUUUAAGUACUUAAAAGUUGGUGGCAUUUUGAUUAGGCAAGCAAAGUACUCGGUUGCACAUUUUACUAUUUCAAAGUUGUAUUACAAAGCGGUGUCUUCUGCUAACAAUGGCUCGGCAGCCUUUGAAAAAGAAUUUGAAAUGGAGUUUGAUUCCGUAGAUAUUGUUCUUUAUGGUCCUGGGUCAAAUAGAAUACAUAACAGAUGUAUUGGGAGAGUGGGUUUACCAUAUCAGGACACUUUCGUUAGUUUCUGGCAACUUGUAAAUCAGUCUUUUAAUUACUUAAAAUUCAGGUUAUUAAAAUAAUGCUCUGAUUUACAAGUUACCAGUAAUUUCCUUGAGUCUCUGGUCCACUUAUAUUUGCCCUAAGUGGACUGUCCUUGUCAACCUAGAUUAAAACUACAAACUAAAAUUCUUUGGAAGUCCAACUUGACCCAGGUCCAGUUUUUAAAUGGUAGUUUACAGAUGUUUGCAUUAUGGCUGAAACCCCAAAAUGGAAAUUCUCAAAAUUCUGUGAAAAGAUGUCAGCUUGAUGAGCAAAACUACCUUUAAAGUACUUAAAUGUGCUCAGGAAAUGUAUAGAAAAAUGAUUUUGAUAUGCCUUAAUGCCAGAGAAUAUCAGCUAAUGUCACCAGAAGAUAGAUGACUGAAAUAUAGUGGGAAAUCUAGAGAUUUGAGACUUGUCACAACUCACAAGGUGGUUUUGCACACAGCUUGUUGAAUUGAAUGCACAAAUUGUUUUUAAGAAAUCUUCCAUACUAGCAGAUAUCCAAUAUUUUUCUGUUGGGUUAUCGAGUAGCUAUUCUUUGCAUUAAGGCACUAAAGCAUGCGUAUCCAUGUGGAUUUUUUAAUAUGUAAGAAUUUGAGAUCAAACAGCGUUGGUUGUUAAUUCAAAACACUUUUGUGUUCUUCCUUACCCUGAUGCUGGGUCCAAAUUCAUUUGGCAAUGUUUUGGGGGAUCAUGUCCAGAAUGGGAGUUAAUUGAUACAUUUCACUUGGGUGCCCGGAAGGAAUUUGAUCCAGCAGAGCGGCAGUUCUCAGCUCUCUCAGUGCCAUGGAACAUUUGAGCAUGGAAAAGUUCAUUUGAUCAAUUUAUUGUUUAGAUAUGCCACAUGAAGCCUUCGCACUGAGAAAGGGGAGGGGGGGAUCAAAAACAAACAAGCUCAUUACUGAACUUACUCAUUAAUGAGCUUGGGAUAAUGCCUGGUCCUUCAGAGCUUUCAUUAAUUUGCUUCGAUUAGGAUUUAACAAAUAUAGAAAGGAUUUCCUCUUUUUUGGAUAAAAUCACAAUUGUAUUCCUUCCAGGGCACACCAGUUGAGAUCACUGAGAUGGCGGACAAUUGGAUUGUAAUAAUGAGACUUCUUGUGAAUUUGGUAUACCAGGCCCAAAUGGAUUUUUGGUGGGGGGCGGGGCAGGGGCUCAUGUGCCUAAAUUUUAAAGGAAGCUCUUUAGUUCUUGUAAAGUUUCAACUGGUGUUGUAUACAAUUCCACACAGCACUGCAUGAUGGUCCUGCGUGUCAGCCACAAAAUAAAGCUAAGAUUUAAAAAAAAAAUGACAGAAAGCAGAACUGUACAGGCAGUUGAAGCAUCAAGAAGACUGUUGUACGUGAACAUGUAAACAGGCCAAGGUCAUGUUUUCUUUUCUCUAGCGGCUUCCUUUAAUACACUCUGGACUCACAGCCUCAUGUUGUGUCUUUAAACCCAGCAUGGUGUCCUAUGUGGGAUUCAGUGGACUGGGGUUUUAUUAAGAGCAUACAAUAAACAGUUGUUAAUUA